AUGGCAGUGCAGCAUCUAAUCCUAACCCACCCAAAAUCAUCCGAAGUCAUGGAAUUCAUCAUCUGUAAAAGAGCACUUCAUGUUGAGGUCCUCUUCCUCUUCUUCUCUUGUUUUGCUUUGAAGUCUAAUUUCGCCUCAGACACCAUCACAUCUACUAAGCCCAUCACUGGCCCUGAAACCAUUCUCUCCGCCAACAAGGCCUUUUAA